AACCGUUUAUUGGACUAUCAUCUCGAAAAGUUCAUGAUUAUGAUGUACAACAAAUUUUUCCUAAACAUCGCAAUAAUAUUCAAGAAUUAGAAAUUCAGUAUCAUAUAUAUAAAAAGAUAGAAUUUGGUAGACUUAUAGCUCAAUUAGAUAUUAUUAAAGACCAGGUAUCGAAUAAUACUGUGAGAUUAAUUAACGGCUGUAUAUACAAUACUGAUGACAUUAAAGAUCCACUAGUACGCCGUGAUAAAGGUAGACCUGCUACUAAACAUUUAAAAGCUUUUACAGAAGAAAAUAAUAUGACAAACACUAGUAAUAUGAGGCGUUCUAGUAGUGUUAGUGAAGAGAAAGGAAUUGGG